AAAAAGAAAACGAAGCAAUGUGAAGUGUGGGCGGUAGUUGAUUAUCCUUCAAUUUUACCUAACGUAACAGCCAACAACACUAAACUAAAACCCCCCUUAAGCCAAACGCUUUUUUUUAUCUUCAACUUAAAGAAAAUCUCAGAUCAGAGCACUUCUCUUAUACUUAUACACGCCAUUUGAAUCUAUUAACUCAAACAAGCUAAGACUUGCAUUAGAAAUGGGGUUCUUUGGUUUUCCCUUUCUUGAAAAUUUGAUUGGAUUGGAAUCGAAGUUGUGAUUUUUACUGUUUCUUUGAGAUUUUGGGACACAAGUGAGGAGCUCAAGUGGUUGAUCACCUCCACCAUGGACUGGUGGGUUGAGGGUUCGAGUGACAUGGGAGGAUUGUUGAACUUAUUUUGCCCACUGGGGAAGCUCAGUGCUGAUUUCAAUCUCUUAGGUGUGUUUGUAUAAUAGUGUUAGUUUGAAAUUCUAAAAGGUUCACUACAGUUAGUCUGGUCAAGUUAACUGGAAAAUAUAGUGUUACAUAGACGACUGGGUGGAUUCGCUUGGUUGUCAAUGGGAGAUAGAUGGCUUUGAUUGUGGAGGAGAAAGGAGAUGAUAGAGAGUGAAUUGACUAUUGAGAAGGUUGAGGAGAGUACAAGUGACAGUUUUCGGAGGGCGCCUUCUUUCUCGGGCUGGUGUGAUGUUAAUGACACCAUCCAUUCGGCUCAACUAGGGAAUGCUCGUACACUCACUGACGACUUUGACUUCGAACUGCCAUUGGUCAAUCAAAACGGUAUUGGAAAUGGAUCUGUAGACGUAGUAGAUACACAAAAUUAUAACUUUAAGCAGAAGAUGAAGGGUGGUGGUGAUUUGGCUGUUGCAUCUACUGGGAAUGGAAAAGAUAGAUAUGUUCCCUUUGAUGUGGAGAACGGUGCUACAAGUAAUCAAAGAUAUUCAAAUGUUGGCCGGGAAGGAUCCCCUUAUCUAGACCACCGUGAUGCACCACAAACAAUUUCAAAAAAUGUUGUUUCUGUUGCUGAUGUACUGAAGACACUGUUCUUAAUUCUUGUAUGGUACACAUUCAGUACAUUCUUGACAUUGUAUAAUAAAACUCUUCUAGGGGAUCAUCUAGGGAGAUUCCCUGCUCCUUUACUGAUGAAUACAUUUCACUUUGCAAUGCAAGCCGUUUUGUCAAAAGGCAUUACCUGGUUCUGGUCCCGAAAAUUUCAGCCUACUGUAAUGAUGAGUUGGAGAGAUUAUUUUUUGAGAGUUGUACCCACAGCUCUCAGUACGGCCAUGGAUGUCAACCUCAGCAAUGCAUCCCUUGUUUUCAUAUCAGUGACAUUUGCUACUAUGUGCAAAUCUGCAGCACCGAUCUUUCUCCUACUCUUCGCUUUUGCUUUCAGGUUGGAGUCUCCGAGUUUGAAGCUGCUAGGGAUCAUGUUGAUUAUUUCUAUUGGGGUAUUAUUAACAGUUGCAAAGGAAACGGAGUUUGAGUUUUGGGGAUUUAUCUUUGUUAUGCUAGCUGCUGUUAUGUCUGGGUUCCGCUGGACUAUGACUCAGAUACUUCUGCAGAAAGAAAUCUACGGUUUAAAAAAUCCACUCACAUUAAUGAGCUAUGUUACUCCAGUAAUGGCUGUUUCAACAGCUAUGCUGUCUCUCAUUUUUGAUCCAUGGCAAGAGUUUGGGAGCAGCAGUUACUUCGAUAGCUCAUGGCACAUAACUAGAAGUACAUUGCUGAUGCUUUUUGGUGGAAUGUUGGCUUUCUUUAUGGUGUUGACGGAAUAUAUUCUUGUCUCUGUUACCAGUGCAGUAACAGUGACAAUAGCUGGAGUCGUAAAGGAGGCUGUCACUAUUGUGGUUGCUGUGUUUUACUUCCAUGAUAAGUUUACCUGGAUGAAAGGGGUUGGUCUCAUGACAAUAAUGCUUGGUGUCAGUUUGUUUAAUUGGUACAAGUACGACAAAUUACAGAAAGGUAAUCUAAGUGAAAAUGAAUUAUCACGAUCCUCAACACAAAAUGCAGCUGCAAAGUAUGUUAUUCUUGAAGAAUUGGAAGAUCAAGAUGAUGAUCCUUGAUGUUCCAAUACCACAUUAUCUGCAUUUGAAAUCCUAAUGAUUGCUGGCGAUGCUGAUAUUUUCAAGAGAGGAUGAGUUGCCGUAUUUGAAUUAAUACCUAAUAGGACCAAAGUGGCACCAUCGAUUGGUCUUUAUUCAGCUUGACCUUUCCCUGGACAGCUUUUGUUCAUCAAAAUUGUUGGUAAAAAGAUUGAUCAGUAUGCAUAUACAAAUCCUAAGGGGACCAUUUUUGUUACACACACUUUCUACAUUGUUAUUAUUGUAUCUCUGUAUUUGGCAUCAAAUUUUCAUCCUCAUUUAUUCAUAUAGUUUUCCAGUUCUAUCUUCUCCUCGUUGUAAUGAGGCAUCGACCAAUGUCAUAGAUCUUUAGUAUACUUGUAAAACAGGUGUGCCGUUGUGUUUUAAACAGGCUUUCGCUA